CUCCUCUCUUGUUCGAAGAGAUAGACGGGGUUGAGUCUGUUUUCGAGCAAUUUCCGGCUGGUUAGACGCCAGAUCUCACUUUCUAAGCAGUCUCGUAUUGCAAGAACUAGAAUUCUAAGGGUCUCGGCGUCUCGCCAAAUUGGCUUUCUGGAGUGAUUGGCAGCAGAAUUGAAGUCUUCUUCCUGCACUCUGAUCCUUUGAAUUGAGUGCAGGAUUUGCUGGUGUUUGAUCUAGAGGAUUUAUUGAGAGGUGAACGGAAGAGAGAGAGUUGUGGGAGUAGCUUUUGAAUCAUGGGCAGCAGCGACGCCGACCAAUCGGUCAAGACGCCAAGGCCCUCAGUGGCUCAGGAGCAAUCUCCUGCCACUAGCUCCAGCCCUGCUGCCACGGUGUACCCGGACUGGACCAGCUUUCAGGCAUAUUCGUCGAUUCGUCCACAUGGAUUCUUUCAUUCUUCAUCGAGUACCCAUGCUCAUCCUUACAUGUGGGGAACUCAGCCAUAUGAUACUGCAUCAAAUCCAUAUAUGAUGUAUCCUCCUGGAGGAUUUUAUGCUCAUCCAUCGAUGCCACUGGGAUCACAUCCAUUCAGUCCAUAUUCUGUGCGUUUCCCAAAUGGAACUGCUGAGACUGGAGCUGUGCCUGGUGGAACAGAAAUGGAUGGUAAGUCAUCUGAAGGUAAAGAAAGAAGUCACCUCAAAAGAUCCCGACGAAGUUUAGGUAGUUUGGAUAUGAUUACAGGAAACAACAAAAGUGUGCCAGGUAAAACAACAGAGGCAUCAGCUAAUGGGGUUUUCUGUCGAAGUGGUGAAAGUGGAACUGAAAGUUCAAGCGAAGGAAGUGAUCCCAAUUAUCUAAAUGUUUCUCAGCCAAGGACAAGCAAUCGAAAAGAAUCUAUUGAUGUAACAUCUUCCCUCAGCUUCAACCCUCCACCAGUUUCUCAGAAUGGUCUGAGUCACACUCAGAUACCAUCACAGGCAAUGUUAAGUCAAACCAUGUCUAUCAUGCCUAUGCCAGCAGCUGGUGCACCCUCUGGGGUUUCUGGUCCUUCCACAAACUUACGUAUAGGGAUGGACUAUUUGGGUACCCCAAGUUCAUCUUCUCUCCCUCCAGUGCAUGGUAAGGUUCCAGCCACUGGGGUUGCAGGAGCUCUGAUUCCUAGUGGUUCAUCAGAAAUUUGGAUGCAGGAUGAAAGAGAACUCAAACGGCAGAGAAGAAAGCAGUCAAACAGGGAAUCUGCACGUAGAUCUAGGUUGCGCAAGCAGGCAGAGUGCGAAGAGCUGGCUCGACAAGCUGAGUCUUUGAAACAGGAAAAUGCUUCCCUUAGAGCAGAGUUAAACCAGAUUAGGAAGGACUAUGAGAAACUUCUUUCUGAGAACACCUCGUUUAAGGAGAGACUUGGGGAAAUACAAGGAACAGAUGAUCCAAGACUUCGUAGAAAUGAACAGACCUCUAGCAAUGACAACAACAAAAGGCACAUGGAUUCUGAUGAGAAAGCAGGAAAAGAUCCAGUGCAGAGUGGUUUCUAAAGUCUAAAGCCUCGCCUGCUUCAGACCAUGUCCUGAAGUGUAACCCUGACCUAAUUGUCAUCACUCUCAGAUUAAAUAGUAGGAUAGAGUUUGAAGAUUACAAUUGUUGCAGUUGAUUCAAAUUAGGUAGUUGUCAUGUCACCCCUGACUUCCCUAGGCUUCUUCUUGUAAUUUUUGUCUUAUUUUUUAAAGGUCAAGCUUAAGCAAGACAUAUUGGGUCAAAGCCCAGUUUUGCCUUCCCUGGAAACUUAAAACUAGUGACUUUUCUCAUCUUACUUGUAAACGGUUUGAUGCAAUAUAUAUUUUUUGAGAGAAAA